AUGGCUGAAGAAAAUACAGCUGAUCAUCAUACUCCUCACGAGGGCGCAGAGACGACAGAACAGGCGCCGGCGCAGGCGACAAUCGCCGACGCAAGAGCCCUUCCUCCUCCACCGCCUCCACAAGAAGACCCAGAGGCUCAGUCUCAGCCGGCGAGCAAGAAAAAGAGCUUUAUGGAAUUCUUUAAUUUGAGAAACCUUGUGAAUUUCGUAGCCAUUAUGGCCUUCAUUCUGUCCAUUCCAAUCAUGUUCAUAGUGAUAUAUUUGGUAUACAUCGGACGGUACGAGUGCGAGAAUCUACUGAGUCUACCCAGGUUACAAUUGGCCAUAGCCAUUUUCUUGGCGGUGGUGUUCGUGGUGAGCAACCUGGUGGUCUACUUCAGAUCCCGGUUUCCGAUCACCGGAGUACUGGUGGUGAUGAUCCCAUUGCUCAUCAUCCUGGUGGUCGGGCUUGGCCUGGUGGGAGCCUACAAAGUGGAGUCCCGCAAAAUCCUUGGGUCUCCUUCUUGGCUCAAAUCCAAAUUGCACGAUGACGAUGACUGGUCCGGGAUCAAGUCUUGCAUUUAUGAAACCAGAACAUGCAAGGAUUUGAUCUCCAGAUCUUACCUUCUCAAACCCUAUGAUUUCACCCCCAAUAAGCUCUCAUCCAUUGAGGCGGGUUGCUGCGUUCCGCCGCCGAUCUGCGACAUGGAGUACGUGAACGUGACCUACUGGAGGAUUCCGGCGAAUGUAACGGCGGAGAGCAGCGAUCUAUACAUCAGCGACUGCAAUCUGUGGCGGAACAAAGAGAGCGUUUUGUGUUACAACUGCAAUGCGUGUAAAGAUGGGUACUUGAGAACCUUGGAGGAGAAAUGGCUGCGUCUCGGCACUUUCCUCAUCACCAUUUCUCUGCUACUCGCCACCUCACAUCUCUUGCUCUUUGUCGCUACAAUGUGGAAGCAAUAUGGAGCCUAAUAACUAGAUUGAAUUGGCAAUUGGGAAUAUAUAUAAAAUGCAAUUUUCCAGAUUGCAUUGGCCCGGCCCGGCCUCACCAGGGUUCCAUUGGCUCUCAUCUUUAAUUUAUUCUGCAGCAUCUUGCUUUCGGUUCC